UGCAGUUAUGGGAGUGGGCAGGCUUAUUUAUUUCUUGCUAAAGGAACAGCCUGGAAUCAACAUAACAGCACUAAGUGAUUGAAGGGGACGGGCGAGGUAACAGAUGCUGAUGGUAGUCUUUAUAGAACCGAGAAAGAACAUACUGAAGAGAACAAGUGAACCUGGCAAACAAUGAAGUGAUUAGGAGGGCAGACAGACUGGAACUGACUGAGUGCUAUAUGGCAGUGUUUCCAUGAGGGAACUUCCACAGUGCUGGAGAAGAAGUAACAGACUGAAACACCUUCCAAACAAAGUGGAAAAUAACCAGGAAGUCACUGAACAAUAUCUGAGGAAGAAACCUUGGUUUCCUGGAAGAAAGACUGUCCUGUAUGACUGCUGAAAGAUGAAGGCCGCCCAUGAAACAGAGUAUAGAAGGUGGAUUUGUCCUAAGCCAAAACAAUUGCAGAAGAAGAGUGAAACGGACACCAUGAGAUCCCUGGCAUUGACACCCAUGCUCUCCAGCUCACAGCGGGCCCAAGAGCACAGGGGUAGAAGGAAGGCUGUUACCCAGGAUAAUGCUAAAGCCGUUUGCUAUUCAAGACAUGAUACCGUGGAAUGCAGACCUACUGAUCCAGACCAGGAGCUACAUCCACAGCCUUGUCGACCUUUCUCUGCAGAAGAAGCAUCAAGGGUCAUCAAGUAUGUCUUAGAUGGAGAGCUGCAGGACUGUGGUUAUGAUGCCAGAGAGAGCCAGAGGAGAGCACUGGAACUUGCAGAGAGAGUUAAGGUGGCAGUGAGAGAGCUUGGUUAUGAGAGGUACAAGCUUGUCUGCUAUGUAGUGCUAGGCCCAGUAUCACAAGGGACCAUGUGCUGCUGUAGCAGGAGUGUAUGGAGCCCAAACUCGGACACGUAUGCAGAAUAUUUGUUUCAGAAUCAGUCUCUCUUUGCAUUGUGCAUUGUUUAUGCUGGGUACUAUGAGUGACACACUCGCCAGACAUGCAUAUAGGGGCUGAUUCUGAGACGAGAGGAAAGCAAAAACAAGUAACUUUGGGCCUAAUGUGGAGAUGUGUGUAAGCCCCAUGAUUUAUGCACAUCUCUGACGGUGGGGCACCUGCAAAUGUGCAGAAUGGGUCCUGCAAGGUCACAAGCAGUUCCCCAAGCUGCAGCCCAAUUGACAGGCUACGGCCGUUUGGAGGAGUGGGGUGGGCAGAGCUGACCAGCAUUUCCAAAAACAGGGCCGUUUCGCCCGUUUUCAGGGAGUGGAGAGUCCAGGGUCUGCAUCUUGGCAUGCUGAUUUCCUGGCCUGAGAGUUACUCAACUGGCUGAUGUUCACGCAAGUGAUCCACUGCUGCAGGAGGCAUCUAAAUAAUCAAGACACCUCCUGCUACUUCAGCAUAUUUUCGUACAGCAGCUGCGUCCAAAGAUGCAGCUGGUGUACGAACUACGUCAUCUCUUAAUUAGGCUCUUUGUAUUUGGAACAAACCAUUUUGCAGUGGAAGCAGUGCAGAUACAUUUAUUUAUGUUGCUGCAGGGUAAUAACUGGCUGUAUUUGCACGUAGCUCUCAAAUACUGAACAGCUUUAUUUUUACACUGCAAUUUAGAUUAGUGUUUGGACACGACCCACCCAAAUCUAAAUCUCUGUGCACGUUACAUCUGCCCCACCUGCAGUGCAGCAUGGUUUUACCAAGGUGCAAAGUUACUUGUUCCUUUUUGCUUUGCUCCGAAAGCCCUAUAAUGAGGGAUGUCAAACUGAGGCAGCUGUCUUAAGUGGAGUACCCGGCCUCCGAGCAGAGGGAAGGAUAGGGAGAGUGGUGUGCUGGGGUAGCAAGUGUGGUCCGUUUCUUUUUCUGAUUUUAGCAUUAUUGAAAUGUUGAUAAUUCUAGUGUGCUUCUUGUAUUCAAGUGUCUUGUGUUGGAAACCUCACAAGAAAACACUGGAAAUCAAUUCUGCUUGGGAUUGCAAAGUUGCACCUACAUGAAACACAAGAAUACUGGAAAAAUGUAAAUUGGCCAGACACAUGUAGCAUUGUUUAUUCUUAAUGCACAAUACCAUGUAUGGAGAAGAACACACACAGUAUACUGUAUCACCACAAGAACCUCAACCCAACUGAUAAGCACGCUGGUGGACGGGUUACCUUGCAGUCACAUGACCUAGACACCUCACUGUCAUUGAGUUCACCAUAAACUUCUUCUUAUUACUUACAGUAUUCAAGAGGAAUAUGUUAGACCACCUGUCUGACAACUAGAGCUUGCUGUAUUGUAUCUUGCAACAGAACAAUGAUCCUAACAGUAAAUCCACAAGUGAAUGACUGAAAAAGAAUCCGUGUUUUGGGAUGGCCUAAAAUACCUCAAGUCAUUGAGAUGUUGUGACAAGAUCUUAAGAGAGCUGUGUCUAAAUUGAUAAACUCCUACAGAAAAUUAUUACAUUAAUUUGCUGCUGCUAAAUAUGGUCCUAAAAAUAAUUAAUCCAAUGAAAACUUUGUGAAACAAGAAAAACCCAGCUUCUUCUUGUUGGUUUACUGUUUGUUAAAUAAAUGAUUAAAGCUAAAUCUGUUAAGUGUUUUGUUUGUUAGAUGAGAUUAGAUUUAUCACAUUUUAGAACUUGGUGAGGACAAGAGAUGGU